CCCCUCGAUCUCAAAUUUCGCGCCUUUCUGCGAUCCCAUUUUCUAGGGUUCCAAUUUGCGCGCACACUUAAAUCCCAUUUUCUAGGGUUUCCAUUGUUUCAUGGCUGAUUGCGAAAAUAACCAGAUAACGGAGAUUUGGUUUUACUUUUUACUAUAAAGUUUUCGUCUUUUCACUGUUUGAUCGAAUUACCAUCCGUACAAUUGUCUUCGCAAGGAUCAAUUCUGCAGAAUCGAUCUCUGUAAGGUUCUGUUUGUACAUGGCCAAAGUUAACAAGUUACGCCGCAAAUCUGACUCCCAGUCUUUGAGGAGAACCUCAUAUGCUCUAAAGGCUCUUAAAAAUGUCCGUGCAAAAAAGAAAUCUGCCCAAGCAUCGAAGAAGAAAGAUUGGGAAGAUGUGACCUGUUCAGUGUGUAUGGAGUCUCCUCACAAUGCAGUUCUCCUCCUUUGUUCCUCUUAUGAUAAGGGUUGCCGCCCUUAUAUGUGUGCUACUGGCCAUCGCUAUUCCAACUGUCUUGAACAAUACCAAAAAGCAUACACAAAAGUUUCUUCUAUUCAGAAUUCUCAAGAUUGGGAUAGAUCAGUUGGAAACUUAGGUGUUAAUUCGAGUGAAGGGGAGCCCAUAGAGAAGGGGGAGAAACCAGAGCUUUUAUGCCCACUUUGUCGGGGGCAGGUUAAGGGUUGCACGGUGGUGGAACGGGCAAGGAAACAUCUUAAUGCCAAGAAGAGAACUUGCCUGCAGGAUAAGUGCUCAUUCUCUGGAACUUACAGAGAACUCAAGAAACAUGUCAAGUCAAAGCACCCAUUGGCACGGCCCCGGGCAGUGGAUCCUGUACUGGAAGAAAAAUGGAAGAAGCUUGAGCGUGAAAGAGAGAGGAAUGAUGUAAUCAGCACCAUAAUGUCAUCUACACCAGGGGCAGUGGUCCUUGGGGAUUAUGUGUUGGAGCCUAACCAUGAUGGCAUUUACAGUGAUUCUGAUUCUGAACUAGAUGACUACAUCGAUGAUUUGGGAUUUGGGCCAUUUGUUGGUCUAAAUGGUGGUCUUUUUUCACAGCGGAGGUUUCAAAGGGACUAUGACUCGUUAGAUGAUGAUGAUUUUUCACGUGCCGCAGGUUCUAAUUCUUCUGUUGCACCUCGACGCAGUUUCUCAAGAAACAGAGUAAUAUUUGGUAGGCCGAGGCGGCGGCGUAGAAAUAGAGAAGAACGUGCACCUGGACGAUUUGUGUGAUAUAAGUUGCCUUGAAGGUGGGAAGUCAUGGGUUCUGCUUUUACGAUUUGGGUCUUUUCUGUUUUCAUCUCAUUGCUGCACAUUGUUGUAAUGGUAUUCCUUAGCAUUUUCAUUAUUUAUUGUCAACUGAGGCAGUUGACUCCAACCUUUUCCUUUAUCAUUAGCAUUGCUUCUGUGGCCUGAUAACACUGUGAUUAGUAUUAGGAUUACUGAUUAACAGAUUGUAGAGAAAUCAAAUACCAGAGCACUGCUCCUGGAUGUUUUAGGGUGUUGCCAUGCUUGAGGAGGUCUCUCAUAGGUGGCACUGAUUUGCUCUUAGCUGUCAUUUGAACUGGGAAAUGAAUUGUGCUUUCGUUUAUUCAUUUCAUGAUUCUUA